ACACAACUUUCUGUCACCAUGACCAAAACCCAGCCAGAAUCUGGCAAGCUCCUAUUCACUUGCAUUGUAGAAUAGUGUAGUACAAAUAUUCCAGCGUUUAUUUCUACAUAAGGAGAUUUGAGGAAGCUUCUAAAUCUGGUGUUUUUUUCAAUUUACAAAGUUUUUAAAGUAUCUCUCUAAAGCCAUGCAUGAGAAACAAAGAUGGGAGAGUGAGAAAGAGAGAGAGAGAGAGAGAGAGAGAGAGAGAGGCCACACCCAGCUACUGCUGCUCUCUUAUCGGUCCUUGUGCUGAUGAUGUCAUCACAACCGUUCAGUUGGACAGACCUGAGCUUGUCCACCAUCACAGUCUCACCAUACAGGUGCAACAGUACAGAGCAGAAAGAAGAAAGAUGAGCUGUUUUUGGUCAUGGAUUGCCAUGAUUCUACUGACUGCACAUGCAACCGUCAGCACUGCUCAAUACCCUUCUUGUCCAAGUUAUACAAACAAAUCUGAGCCAUGGCGGAAUGUUGGCUUUUGCUCCACCUUUUGUAAUAACACUGACAUUAAGCUGAAGGAGGGAUGGUACCGCUUCAUCGGUAUUGGAGGAGACCAGGUGAUCUCUUCCUGCGCACGUGCCCAGAAUAACACCGCUGGAAACAUCACGGAUUACAACUUAUUCACGUGUAACUCAAACAUCAACUACACGGAUUAUAUAACCUGCAGCCAAGGAUUCACUGUCUACUACCUCCGCCCCACAAAAAGAACUUAUGCUACACGUCAUUCAUCCUGCAGCAAUUCCUCUUCCUGUGGAGACCAUGCUCAGUGCGGUACUGUUUAUGGCAGCUGUGUGUGUGAACCUGGCUUAACAGUGUCUACAGACAUAAUGGGAAACAACACGUAUGGAUGCUCAGUUCUUAAAGUGUCACCUGGUUGCCAGACAGCAGCUUGCGCACAGGACUUUCUGAACAACAUUGAUGCAAUUCUAAACAAUACAGAUGAGCCUCUACCACAGAAGACUGUGGAAUUGUAUUUGGGCGCAAUGAUGAAUAUUACAGCUACCAUUACUGGACAAAAUUCUACUGACAGCAAGGAGUUAAUCGACUAUGGAAAUAAUUUACUGGCUGUCACUGGGAAACUGCUGUCUGCACUAGUGGCACCAACAGACACCAACAGCACGACAAAAAUUGCCGUCAACGAUAUGGAGGCUCAAAUAUUUUCGGUUGGAAUGAACACUACCUUGGUGGAAAUCCCCCUGCUCUACGCAAAUGGUUCUUCCCUGAAUAUUGAUCUCAUUGGGAUUUCCCAGAAUAACAAAGGAUCAGCUUCUGCGAUCUUUGCGAGCUACGCGAGCAUGGGCAGCAUAUUGAAACCCAACUUCUUCAAGGCCACUACAAACACAACUAAAACCAUGAUGUCCACUGUGGUGUCAGCAACACUUCCUAAAACUGCCAACACAAAUCUCACCAAACCAGUCAGCUUCACCUUCAUGCACAGCAUUGCAUUAAACAGUGCGGGACAGCUCUCCUGUGUGUACUGGAAGGACACUGAAUGGGUUGAAAAUGGUUGUAGCAUCACAACGAAUAGCAGCAACUUCACGGUGUGCUCCUGUACUCACCUGUCUACCUUCGCUCUCAUCAUGCAGACCAACCCAGACAAUUUGCAGGAUGGUGGUGAUGAUAGUGCCAUGGAUCUCAUUAACACAGUGGCUGUGUCCGUGGGGUUGGUGUUCCUCAUCUUGACUAUAUUGACUCUUGCUGUGUGCCAGCGAGGCCAGAAUGUGACCAACACAGCUUUGCUCAAUCUGUGUUUAAGCUUGUUUCUUGCGCACCUGUUUUUCCUGCUCACACAACAAUACCUGGAGACCGUAAAAAAAACAUAUCAGCUGUGUGUAGUGCUGGCUGGUGUCAUACAUUUCCUCUUUUUAUCAGCGUUUGUCUGGAUGUUGACUGAGGCGGUUUUGCUCUACAUCUUUGUGAAGAACCUAUCAAGGAUCACUUCAAAGCAGCAAGAGGUGCUUAGCUGGAAAUGCAUGCUUGUGAUCGGAUAUAUCAUCCCCCUGUCUGUGGUGGGCGUGACUUCUGGACUGUAUCCUGAUGCCUACGGUAAUGAUAGAUGCUGGCUUAAGACUAAAUUCGUCUGGAGUUUUCUGGGUCCCGUGACUUGCAUUCUUGCUAUCAACUUGCUUCUUUCUUGUGUGAUCACCGUAAAUCUCAGGAUGGCUUUAUCAAAGCUGGAUAGAAACGUUUCGCACCUAAAACACACCCGGACCCUUGUGUUUAAAACCCUGCUCCAGUUCAUCAUUCUUGGCUGCCCUUGGACCCUGGGCUUCUUCGUUGGGAACAGCCGCUUGAUAGAUAUUGUCUUCCUGUUCUUCAAUUCGCAGCAGGGAACCUUCAUCUUCUUUGUUCAUUGUGUCCUCAACCAAGAGAUCAGGCAGCAGUACAGGAAGUGGUGGAUUGCCCUUCGCCACAGCUCCAUGUACAAGUCCAUGGCAGAAGACCAGAAGAGUGCUUCAUAUUCACAUUCAAAAUGAUCUUGAAGAAAUGUAAUUGAAAGUCAUGGAAAAAUCACAAAGAUUCUGAUAUAGCUCCUGAGAUGCAACAUGUGUGUGUCCUUUUUAUAAUUGUUUUAAUAAAUCUGGAAUUCAAAGCGUUUCAAUAUUACAUUGCAAAAAAAAAAAAAAAAGAAAGAAAAAGAAAAAAAAAGAAAAGAAAAGGAAUAGCUUUUUAUAAAUAAUUCGUGUCCUACAAGUUUUUAUAGCAAAAUGACAAAUGCAAUUUACUUGAAUUAUUCAGUGAUGACAUUUUAAAUGAUUAGAAUGCCUUUAUAAUAUUUCAUUAAUAUUUUGGUCAAUUUAUAAUUACUCACAGGCCAUUAUUAUACAAAGAUUAUAUUAUAUUAUAUUAUAUUAUAUUGUACUAUAUUUGAAAGGAAAUUCUCUUAUAUCAUGUACCCUCUUAUAUUAUAAACUGCUAUCAAAUGCCUAUGAUGAAUGUAUUCAUUUAAUUACCUCUUUAAAUAAGCUGAUCAACUGCUAUCCUUGAUUAUAGCUAUAUACUUGAAAUACACAUGUAUUUCCGUGUCAACAUGACACAGGACUUAUUUUGUAUUUUGACUAUGUGCUGUGUGUUUUGUUUAAAUCUGUCUGACACCUGGACCAGUAGAAACUGUCCACGCACUGCUGUUAUCAAAGUAUAUAAAUACUCUUGGUUUGCAUGAAUAAAGUGGGAUGUCUAUUUGAGCAUGCAUGUGUCCGUGUGUGUUCACUUAGGCUUCCCAGAUCGAUCUGAAGCUCUCUGAGGAGAACCACACUUUCUAAGCACAGAACUAAAAGUUAAUAGAAGUAAUGGUAGAACAGGUUGAAAGGGCUGACGGAGAUCUGAAGACAUAAAUAUUUACAUUGUGAUAAAUGAAAAUCUAACAAUAUUAUACCUUAUUAUACUAUAUUGCAUUAUAUUAUAUCAUGUUAUAUUAUAUAAAGGUUGUGAAGUUCAAGCAUGUGGCAUUAUAUUUUAUAAAUAAGGCAUUAAUUCUAGCCCAUCAUUAGAGCUUUA